AUGGCUUCGGUCGCGGAUGAGUCUCGAGAACAGGAGCCCCUCUUGGGCUCGCCUAGCUUUACCACGCAGAAGCAGGAGGCUCACAUUGCCCGCAAUCUGAUUACUGGUACUGCCAGUGUUGCACAGGCGGGGAUCUGGAUUCUGGCUGCUCUUGUCUGGUCCAAAGUCUUAGCUUUACCCUUUGCGCUCUUCACGGGACACCCCCUACUAGCCAGCACGGCCCUCCUGCUCCAAGUCCAGGCAGCUCUAAUCCUCCAACCAACCGCCACUCCCGACCAAAAACUGCUGGGCACCCGCAUCCACUACACUAUCCAACUAAUCAGCAUCCUCUGCUUCCUGACUGCCUUCAUCGUCAUCGAACUCAACAAAGGCGACCACCCUCAUUUCGUCUCCCCCCACGGUAUCUUCGGUUUGAUCACUAUCAUCCUCGUGGUCCUCCAAGCCUCCGUCGGAGUAAUCCAGUUCUUCUUCCCCGUCGCGGUUCUCGGCAGUGUCGACGCUGGCAAGCGAGUCUACAAAUAUCAUCGCUGGGCUGGAUAUGUUCUGCUACUGCUGGAGGUUUCGACUGUCCUGGCGGCGACCAAGACACCCUACAACCUGAAUGCCAUCCACAUUCCUACAUGGGGUGUCCUCAUCGCGGUUAUUCUGAUUUUACUGGGAGUUGGUGCUAGGAUCAAGAAAGGGAAAUUGGGACUGAAGGAUGCGUAA